AUGUCAAAGAAUAUUGAGUUUUCAAUAUAUUCGUAUACGAAGAACAUAAGAAAAUUAGUUGAUAAUUACAGUUUCACUGCAUUUGAUUUUACAGAAAAAGUUUUUAGAAAUGAAAACAGAUUUGUAAUUUUAAGAGAAUACGAAGAUAAAUUCUGCAUUAUAGAAGAGACUUAUAUAGAAAAAUAUAAAACUAGAAAAUAUUUGUGUAAAAGUGUAAAAUCAUCUUAUGUUGAUAAAAAAAAACACUUUGUAAAUGAUUUUACUUAUUUUGUCGAUAAAUUUCAAUAUACACUUGCCAGUGACAAUGUUUAUAAAUUCUGGUGUUAUAAGUCUAAAGAUGUUUGUAUAGAAAUAUAUAAACAAAAGGAAGAAGACAUUUAUUUAAUAAAAGCAUCUUCGUUUAAUGAAAAAUAUUUAGAUAAUGAGCUUGUAUUUUUAGAGUUGUGGUAUGAAUUUAAAAAACCAAUAAUUGAAAUUUAG